AUGCCUUGCGGCGCCGCGGGUUCGGGGGGGUCGGGGCCAGUCCCGUCGGUCCCCUCGAUGGGACGGACACAUGGAACGACACAUCAGGCGACAACGGCUGCUGCAUGUGAAUCUCAGAGCGGCGAGAAGGGAGAGAGCUGCCACACAGACAAGCAUGUCGGGGCAGGGGUCCCCGCCGCGUAUGCAGACGGUCCCCGGCAGGCGGAUGCGAGCGCAGCGACUUCUCCGCCUCCGGGCGCUUCCUUGCAGCCCUCGGAGAGAUCCGCUUCCACAGAUGCCGAUGACUCUCCUCCACCGUGUGGCGCGGUGAACCCUGUAUCACUUCAGUCGUCAUGUCCAGUCUCAACUGCUUCUUCUCCCGAGUCUGCGGGUGCUUCCGGCUCCUCUUCUGCGCCUCUCUCUUCUGCGUUAACGUCUCUCCAGUCUGACUCUCGCCAGCCGCUGUCCUCCUCUGCUUUUUUGAGCGCGGCGGGGCAACCCGCCUCUUCUUUAGAUGACCGAGAUGCAGCUCAGCCUGCGGCGGUGUCUCACCAGGGCGCGUCCGCGCCGGGCGGCGACGGGAAGGGAGUGUCCUCCCCCGCCGUGAACACGAUCGCCCUCGCAGAGAUCCUCCACGGCUUUGACUGCGUCAGGGGCGAACUGUUUCUUAGUGAAGAGGAGCGGCAGAUGCUUCAGCACGCUUUGAAGCCGUACCACUUCCGCUUGGUCCCCUCGCUGUCGGCGCGGGCCUUGGCGGGAGGGCCGGGAGGGCGGAAAGGCUUCUCGAAGCGCGUAGCGUCGGGGGCAGGCCCGUCUCGGCGCCUCACGCAAGAAGUUCAGCGGCUCCAGCAGGCCGCGUGCUCUUUUGCGGCGCUCCCCCGAGGCAAAAGGAGGCAGUCGAAGGCCAAUAGUCGGUACCAGGAUGAUGACACAAGCAGCAGCGUCGCUGGCGCGGAUAAAUCAGAGCGCCGCGGGUCCCUGCCGUAUGACGAGUCGGGAGCGCGCAGCGGUGCCAACCAAAGCGCGGAUGGCGUAGGUGAGGCCGGCGCGGGCCGCGGUCCCCAGUACCUCACGGGGGGCGAAUUCUGGAUGGGCCCGCAGGGCCAGUUUGGGCACAGCGCGGGGUCGCCGGGCUCCGGCGGUGAGAAGACUGUGUCGGUUGUGAGCGACGACGCCUCAACGGUAAGCAGGAACAGCCGCGCGGGAGGAAAAGGCGAUAGGCGAACUGGAGGGAGAAGAAGCAGACAAAUGGCUGGAGUAGGUGAGGAGGCGUUCGGCGUCGCGGGGGGAGCCCGGGGUCGUGAGGACCCUGACCACGUGGCUGACGAGGGCCGCCACAGCGCAGCAGGCGGGGCAAGAGGCAGGAAGCGGAAGUUGCGACAGGAGAGAGAUGAGGUUUCAGAUCCCCAAGGUGGAUGGGCAGAUGAGGACAGAGAGGAUCAGAAGUACCGAAGACGGGUCAGGACGGGCAAGGGAGACACCGGGCCUCCAUCUGGAGCGAGUGCUGCAGCGUCCGGCUUCGAGGGCAUCGCCUUCACCCCGAUACUGCGAUCCAUGCCGUGGAGAGAAAGCUGCAUGCUCAUUCUGCAGCAUCUCAAGCGCCACACCGCGGCUCGCUGGUUUUUGGCUCCAGUUGAUCCUGAGUUGGAUGGCGUCCCCGGCUACCUCGAAGUGAUUUCGCGUCCGAUGGACUUUGGCACCAUCGAGCGCAAGCUUCGCGGCGGCCCACGGGUGUAUGUCCACCCUUCGCAGUGGCAACAGGACGUGCGUCAGGUCUUCUUUAACGCUUUUUCUUUCCACCCAGUUAGUCACGACGUCUGGCAGGACGCCGCGAUUCUCGCUGCUGAAUUCGAGCGUUGCUGUCUCCAGACGGAUCAGGUCAAUCCCUACUAUGCCUCCACGCUGGCCGCCUCCGGUGCUGCGGGGGCGUGCGCUGGCGCCGAGGCGCCUCACGACCGCUUCCCCUCGUCGUCGGAGGCUGCGGGGCCCGCCGCGGGGUUCGCAGCCUCCGCGGCUGCAGCAAGCAGAGCGAGUCCUGCGGCGGCUUCUGUUGCGCGAGGAGGGCCUAGUCAAACAUAUGCCCCGUACUACGCCUCGGCGUCCGCUCCGGCGGUCCAGCCUCUCCACGACAACGCUUCGUGGACUUCCCUGGAGGGCACCGACGCGGCGGCGGCGUCGCAUGUCUCCGCUAGUGCGGCCAGCGGGCGUACGGGGCGCGGGGGGCCGGGUCGCGCUCGACGGCAAGCGGGGCAGCAUUUCGAGACUUCGACGCACGUCUCGGAUGCGUACUACGGCGGUGUAUAUGGAGGGGCGCCGCAGCCCACGGCUUCCGCCUCCGCCGGCGGCUCCGGCGGCGGCAAGGGGCGACUUCGCGGCGCGGCAUCUGGAGUCUUGGGCUCACCUCGCCGGGGUGGGCGCGGACGCGGUCGGGGUCGCGGCGCGGCCGCGCAGUUGCUGCAGAGGUGCCGCACGUGGGGAGAAACGUCCCCGAAGAAUGGCCCCUACAUGGUGGGCCAUCAGGUGCUUCAGAGCGGAGGCCGGGGGCGGGGCGGAGGCUUUGGAGGCGUGCCGCCGUACGGAAGUGUCCAGGGCGCGGGCGCGGUUCCCGGCGGGGGAGGCCAGAUGGGAGUCGGGAUCGACCCGCAGGCGGUCUGGGAGGCUGAGGCGCCUCCAAACGCGCCUCUGCUCCCCCGCCGCCCGUUCCGCGUAUCGGCGUCAACGACAAGCCGCUGA